UGUUUCCUCAAGUUCAACCAAGCUCACGGGAAAACUUUUCCUCUCUCCUGUCCACUAUCACGCUGAACACCCAGCAGACACGGCCGCGUUUGAGUGUGUUUUUGGAUUUAAUUUUUAUUGCGCGCAGUUAAUCCGGCAACAAGUGGUGUCAGCAUGUCCCUGGCGGAUCAGCAGUGGUGUCCCACAAGCGUCCAGGUAACGGUGCUCCAAGCCAGAGGCCUCAGGAUUAAGGGGAAAAGCGGCACUAACGAUGCGUACGCGGUCAUGCAAGUGGGCAAGGAGAAGUAUCAGACCUCGGUGGUGGAGAAGAGCGUGGCACCGGUGUGGAAGGAGGAGGCCGCUUUCGACCUGCCGCCGCUGUUGCAACAGGGCAGCGGGGGAGGAGGAGGAGGAGGAGGAGGAGGAAGAGGUACGGAGCGAUCCACCCUGCACGUCCAGGUUUUGCACCGGGCCCUGGUGGGUCCAGACAAACUGCUGGGACAGGCUGUCAUCAACCUCCUGCAGCUCAGUGAGGACAAAAGCCGCAACAAGACCGAAUGGUUUAAGUUGCUAGACAAGACUGGCAAGGCAGACAAAGACAGAGGAGAGGUGCUUGUCGAUAUCCAGUUCAUGAGAAACAACAUGACCGCCAGCAUGUUUGACCUCUCUGGUGCCGGCAAAUCCAGGUCUCGCCUGGGCAAGUUCAAGGACAAAGUUCGUGGCAAGAAAAAGGAAUCCGAUGCUGCAUCCACUGUGGUGCCAUCCUUCACUCAGGUCCUUACAGACAGCGAGGAGGACGGAAACGGGGAGGGUGAGGUAGCUACGGGCAAGGACGAGAAAAAGAAGAAACUCAAGAUGAAGUCUUUGUUUUCUACCAAGUCUAACCUGCAGAGGAACAUGUCUCAGUCUAUGUCUGUUUUGCCUGCAAAGAACUCCCCGCUGAGCGGCAGCCAGUCCUCUGGUCUAAAUGUGGAUUCUUUCGAAGGUAAAAAGAAGUUCAAGUUCAUGAUACACAAACGUUCAGGCAGCUCAGACAGCAAAGAUUCCUCCUCUGGUCACCAAAAACAUGGCGCUGCAGAACAGAGUAACUUGUGCAUCAAUGGCAGUCAUGUAUACUGUGAAGAACCACCGCCACGGACCUCUCGCAUCGGCUCCAACUUCAGUUUGGCCAGUUCAGGCCACGGAUCCAUGGAAGAUGUCCCCGAAAGCUCUCCUCCAUCUGUUGAUUCGCUGAGGGCAGUGAGACAAUAUUCACCUUGGACAGAGGAGGAGGAGGAGGAGGAGAAGGAAGAAACGGCUGAAACGGCUGAAGUAGAAAAUAUAAAAGAGGACGUGGGUGAACGUAGAAGGGAGGAAGAGAAAAGGAUUAGGAUGGAGGAGGAGAGGAGGAGAAAAGAAGAGGAAGAGGAGAGGGUUAGGAGACAAGAAGUUGAGAGGUUGGCUGUAGAGAAGAGGCGACUAGAGGAAGAAGAAAGGAGAAUUGAAGAAGAAGAAGAAAAAAGGCAAAGGGAAGAGGAAAGGGCUCAGGAAGAGGAAGAGCGUAAAUUAGCAGCAGAAAAGAGGAGACUGGAAGAAGAAAGAAGGAUGGAAGAAGAGAAAGUUAGACUGGAGGAAGAGGAGAGAAGGAGGGAGGAGGAAGAGAGGGCUCAAGAGAGGAGGAGACAGGAGGAAGAGGAGAGGAGGAGACAGGAGGAAGAGGAGAGGGUUAGGAAACAAGAAGAAGAGCUUGAAAGAUUAGCAGAGGAAAAGAGGAGACUAGAGGAACAACAAAGAAUGAGAAUUGAGGAAGAAGAAAAAAGGCAAAGAGAGGAAGAGGAAAGGAUUAGGAUGGAGGAGGAGAAGGCUCAGGAAGAGAGGAAGAGACAAGAGGAAGAGGAGAGGAUUAGGAGACAAGAAGAGCUUGAAAGAUUAGCAGAGGAAAAGAGGAGACUAGAGGAACAACAAAGAAUGAGAAUUGAGGAAGAAGAAAAAAGGCAAAGAGAGGAAGAGGAAAGGAUUAGGAUGGAGGAGGAGAGGGCUCAGGAGGAGAGGAGGAGACAGGAGGAGGAGGAGAGGGCUAGGAGACAGGAAGAACGUAGAGUAGAAGAGGAAAAGAUUAGACUGGAGGAAGAAGAAAGAAGGUUUGAAGAAGAGAAAGUUAGAAAGGAAGAAGAGAGGAUUAGGAGGGAGGAGGAGAGGGCCCAGGAAGAGAGGAGACGAGAGGAAGAGGAGAUGGAGCAUGAGAAAAAGAGAAAGCUAGAGGAACAAGAAAGGAGGCAAGGGGAGGAGAAAGCUAGAAGGGAAAAGGAAGAAUAUGAGAGAUUGGCAGAGGAAAAGCAUAAACAAGAGGAGGAAGAAAGGAAAAGGGUUGAGGUAGAGGAGAAAAUUAGACAGGAGGAAGAGGAAAGGGCAAGGGUGGAGAAGGAGAGGAGGAGGAAAGAAGAAGAAGAGGAGAAGGUUAGGAGACAAAAAGAACAUGAGAAGUUAGCAGAGGAAAAGAGACUAGAAGAACUAGAAAGAAGGAGAAUUGAGGAAGAAGAAAAAAGGCAAAGGGAGGAAGAGGAAAUUAUUAGGAAAGAGGAGAGGAAACAAAAGGAAGAAGAGAGGGCUAGGAAAGAAAAGGAAGAACAUGAGAGGAGAAGAAUCGAGGAGGAGGAAAGAAUUAGAAAGGAAGAGCAGGAACAGAUAAGAGUGGAGGAAGAGAGAAGGAGGAGACAAGAGGAAGAAGAAAAGAGGAUUAUUGAGGAAGAGGAGAAAAUUAGGAGGGAAGAUAAAGCUGAAAAGGAGAGGAAAGAAGAGGAGGCCAGGAAGCUGGAGAAGGAGAAGUUAACAAGAGAUGCAGAAGAACAGAAGAGAAAGAAUGAAACAAAACAGAAACCUGCAGGGAUGAAGUCUAAAGUGGAGAGCCCUGCAGAAGUCACCUCUACCAAUCCAUUUGAAGACUUUUCAAAUAAUCCCUUUGAGGAUGCUGCUGAAGUAUCAACUGUCCAACAAAGGAAUCAAUCUGCUGCGUCAUCAAAGGGAAGUAAGACUGCUUCCACUGAAGAAAAGGAUCUUAGUAGUGCUCAACGAAAGAAGCUACCGGCUCCUAAGCCUCCAGGAAGAAAUCCAGCUGAGAGACAGACUCAGAGGGAGCAGGACGGAUCUACGCGACAUCUGGCACAAAUUAACAAGCAGAGCAAAGACAAAGACGUCAAAACCAUCAGCGUUCCCCCUCGGCGCUCUGUGCAAAUGAUCGCUCCUCUGAGUAGGUCUCCCAAAGAUGCAAAGAACACCCAGAGCUUGACUCAGAGUAUUGCAACCAAAGAAACAACAAAUGUUGCCAAACACAGUAAACGUCUUGCACCGACUAGACCUCGUUCUGUGGAAGAAGGGCCAUCCUCUGAACCUAAAACGGCCUCUUCUUCAGGUGGCAAAGAACGUGUCUCGGAGGCAAAACAAGAGAUUGUUUAUGGCUUGAAUCCAUUUGAAGACGAUGAAGAUGAAAAUGAAAAUGAGCUCACAGCCCAAGAUGAUACAACAACUAAUACUGGUCCGCUACAGUGGCCUCCAGCCGUGUCUCAGGGUGCUGAUACAGAUGCCUCCUCUCAGGCAAAAAUCAAAUCCUCAAAGAUGGCCCAUGCUCCCCCGCUUCCUGGAAAGAAAGCUGCCACGUCGGCCAGUUCAAUGAACCAAAGCACUGAGGAAAGCCAUGUUACAGAUAACAGUGUAACGCACCCAUGUGACCCGAACCAUGUCCAAGAGAGUCCACCACAAGAGUCCCAGCCAGUGCAGAGUGCUGGGGAGGAGGCAGGUGGGAAGAAAGAGGGGCCUCCUACAACUUCACGCAGGCUUCAACCUGUAAAACCCCUUAAUCCUCUGGGACAGCAGUCUCUCUCAGUUGUUCAAGGGGAAAGGGAUAACAAAUCCACAGAAAUCCUUUGUGAACUUCAGGAGAAAACCAAGGUUAAUGACACUGAGCUGAAAGGGCCGUACUCCCAGCUGACUCGAGAGGAACUCAUCUCUCUGGUGCUUAAACAGGAAAAGCAGCUGUCAGAGAAAGACAAAAAGAUAUCAGAGCUGGAGCAGUACAUUGACAACUUGCUUGUGCGUGUCAUAGAAGAGCAACCGAGUAUUCUCAUGUCCAUGAACUCUCUGAAGAAACCUGUCUAGGUGGAUGCACAGCUGACACUUUAUUUCCAGUGUAAAAGCUUAGGUUGACAAGGUUUGAACAGUUUAGAGUUCAAAUUUCAACAAAUUGGCAAAUGAAUGAUGAAGAUUGAAAUAUAUUUUGUAAAAUAAAUCUUGCAGUGGCUGUUGCAGCUUUCAGCUUUAAGUCAACCUAAGUAGAAAUAUAUAUAUAUAUAUAUAUAUAUAUAUAUAUAUAUAUUUUAGCAAUUUCUGACACUUUACUACAGUACGUAAAUGUGUGACACUGAAACAACCUCUUUUUAUGCAUUUGUGGUGAAUAUUUUCACGUUGAGCAUAAAAUUCUGUCCAAAAAUGACUGAUAAAUGUCAAAUGUUGCCAACAUGUCAAACUUAAUCACUGUAUAUGGUAGAAAAUAAAUAAAUAAAAUGCAACUGUUAGCUUCCUAUCCCCUGGAGAUAUCUCCAGCGUGAAGAAGAGCCUUAUUUUACCGUCAAAAACUAUGCACUAGUAUUUAGAUAGAUGUUUCUUGCUCUCGUACUGAAUGUCAAAGUUUACAUGAUUCUACUAACCCCCAAAGGCACUUUACUCAGCUUACACUAUUAACAUGAUGUACACUGAAUUACUGAACUGUACUGAGGUUACUGCAUUAUGGUCUUAAAAUAUGCAUAAUAAAAUAAACUUUGUUCUGAUAAAA